CCGCUAUACCUUAGAUUUUGAGUACAGACCAAUCCGAGGCGCAUAGCUCCGUUUUUUAAAAGUUAUCUCUUGGCUGUCUCCACGUGGUAGGCUCUUCUUAGUUCUUAGCCGCCUUUCUCGCUCGCCGGUUCCUCACAUCGGACUUACUAGUCGACCAGGCUGGCCCGAGUCGCUUAGUAAUGCAUCUCGCCGGUUGCUUCCCAUCCAGCCGGCAACUGAAACGGCCACCGUCACUAUCGUCCCUCCGGCUAACUUAUCCGUUACCGUACUCCUGCUUUAAUCGAUCUCAAACCCAGGUCGAGCCAGUAGUAGUACCCGAGCCCAAAGCCUCGUCCCCCUCGCAUCCGAAUCGCCACGUGUCGCCGUCCCGUCGUUCGCCAGUCGUCACGCUCCACGUGGCAGAAUCUGGCACAGUAUCUGAGAAUCUUCACAUGCCACGUCAGCCGCAGCACCGCCCGUCUUCCUCCCUGGAUCUCCCCCCUUCCGCCAACCCGCUGCCACCUCCCUCCCCCGCAUCCGCAUCCCCGCCCCCGCGCCUUUCCCUCCCCCCGCCGCGUUCCCCCGCCGCCUUCUCUCCGCAGGGCCCGCGAAUUCCUCACUCCCCCGGAGCCCUGUCCCCCCCUCCCCUCGCAAUAGCGGUAGUUCCCGCGCACCCGUUCAAGCGGCGCGCGGUCGAGGGGCUUUCCCCGCCAGUUUCCCCACUCCCCCGGUUCACAGAAAGCCAUCGCUCCCCGCUUUGCUCGCCGUCGUCAACGGUCCGCACAAUCCGCUCUGCUGCCCAGAGCCCGUGCGCGGGGGGAAUUUGGGGAGCGCCGGGCGCUGGAGUAGGGGGAGCGUGGUCGGAAGAUGGUGCCGCGAAUAAAAUCACGGGAUUUCAAUUAUCAGGACUCAGUGUUCCUCCGCCGUCGAGCCAGCCACGUGGCGGGCAACCGUUGGAGCUCCUCGGUCCGUCUAAAUGGAAUGAGCGAGCUACCGCCGCUGUUACGUCCGGCAUAAGCGCGGACGAGGCGAGGCGGAGGUCUCCGGGCGGAAGGGCGCUUUCUUCCCCGCAGACCCCAGAUUUUCCGCCCCGCGCUGCGACCCUCUCGAGCGCGCUUCUCGCGCGCAUCGACGCUAUUUUUCUGAGCAGGCGGAGCAAGGAGCGCGCGGAAGCCAAGGCCAAGGCGCACGCGCACGCGCGGCUGAGAGCAGCGGCGGGCGGAGGGUCGAAACGGCGCGGGCAGGCUGACGCCUCCGCCGCCGCCGCUGCAGCAGCAGUGGGGCAGCUAGCAGCGGCUUCCGCUGCGACAAGGUCUGGAGAGGGGGAAGGCGCGGGGAUGUGCACGGGGGCGGCCACGUCCGCGGGCGUUGGGGGGAAGGCGCGACGGUCUUUGUCGCUAAAUGGCGUGGGGGCAGGGGGGAGAAGGGGAACGACGGCACGUCAAGGGGGAAACGUCAAGGCUGAACCUGCGGCUCGGGGACUUGCUGGGGGAGGCUCAAGUGGGGGAAGUGGGGGGAGUGGGGGGAGUGGCGGGAGUGGAGGGAGUUGGGGGAUGGGCGGUACCCUCUCCGGUGGUAGCAGCGGGAUUGAUGGCGAACUCGCAGCGCCCUUGAAUCAAUCUGAAUCAACUGUGAUAACAACAGCAGCAGCGGCGGCAGCAGCAGCAGCAGCAGCAGCACUGACAACAGCAGCGACAACAGCUGUGGCGGCGGAAGCAGUAGAUGCAGCAGGUGGGUUUUCUCUGCCACCAGCCAGCGCUAGCGUUGACGCGAGAGCAGGGACCGACUCUAGACUUGAGGAUGAUGGCGGCAUUGCCACUAUGCACUCUGAGACUUGUGAGGCGCAGCAGGUGCAGCAGGCGCAGCAGGACGCGUGGACGAUGGUGGCAGGAGUGCUCACUCGAGCUGCUGUUAUCGUUCCCAUGGGCGGAGGCACUGUGGCGGGUGCUCCCUCACUCACUCCCUCACUCACUCCCACGCUCACUCCCACGCUCACUCCCACGCUCACUCCCACGCUCACACCAGUACAUACUCCCGUACUCGGCCAUGCUGAUCCAUCCGCACUGCUGUCUGAAACGACAACACCAGCAGCAGCAGCAGCAGCAGCAGCAGCAACACCAGCAGCAGCAGCAGCAGCAGCAGCAGCAGGAGCGGCACCAGUCCAACCUCUUAAUCAACUCACCCCAGCAUCUCAUCCUCAGCAGACCUCUCUUCCUCUCCUCCCCCCUACUCCUCUCCCAACCCUUCCACCUUCUGCCCCCCCUGCCACUCUACCUUCCGCUCCCCCACACACUCCCUUCUCUCCCCCCCUCACCGCUUCCCCUGCAGCUCCCCCCGCCACCCCCCCUGCUCCUUCCGCCCACCACCAUCUCCCCCACCGCUCCUUCCCCCCCCAUCCCUCCCCCCGCCUGCGGUAUCGGGGGGUGAGGCAGAGGCGGUGGGGGCGGUGGGUGACUGAGAUCCGCGAGCCAACCACGCGCACACGCAUCUGGCUCGGCUCCUACGAUAACGCCGAGGAGGCUGCCCGCGUGUACGACAUGGCCGCCCGGCUGCUCAAGGGCCGGGCGGCGAGGCUCAACUUCCCCCACAGCGUGCAGCCAGUGGCAGUGCCGAGGGGGAUUGCGGAUUCUCUGAUGCGGGCGAGUCGGGCGGCAGCUGAGGCUGGAGGGGGGGAGGCAGGAGGGGAGGGUGGUGCGGGGGGGGAUUUUGAUGCUGGGGCUGGAGCUGAGGGUGGUGGGAGUGAGGGUGAGACCCCUGGUGGGAUGUUGGAUGGUGCCUGUGGUGAUGGUGGUGGUGGUGGUGGUGAUGGUGGUGAUGGCAGCGGCAGUGGUGGUGAUGGUGGGGGUGGUGGGGGUGGGAUAGGGAUGGAUCUGGAGGAGGAGCAAGGGGAUGAGGAAAGAGGUAGUUGGGUGGAUGAUAUGCAGCAGAUAGUGCAGCAGUCGCUGCAGGCACAGCCACACGUGCAGCGGCAGCUACUGCCACCAGCACACGCACAGUUAGAGCAGCAGCCACCACAGGCGCAGCCACAGGUCCAGCAUCAGCUGCAGGCACGGUUACAGCCACAGCCACCGGCUCAGGCUCAGGCUCAGUUUCAGCUACAGCAGCAACAUCCAGCGCAUGUGAGGCAGCAGUCGACGAGCCGUGGGGCACCUGUGAAUCAACCUGACAGCCAGGCACCGUCGUGCAUGACUUGGGUGGGUUCGAAGCAUGAGCCAACGUGGGAAGACACGCUAAGGGAGUUGGGACUCGACGACUCUUCUGCUGCCCCUCCGGCUCUUCCUUCUGCUGUCCCCGCUACUUCUGCUGGGCUCCCCUCGAGAGCAGCAGCACUACCAUCACCACCACCACCACCUAAUCGUCCCUCCUCCACUUCCCCUCUUCCGCUCCUGCGAAUGCCCCUAUCUCUCCUCGCCGCCCCUCGUCCCUCCACCCAAGCCCCACCCGUUUUGUCACCAACGCCUGCUGCUGCUGGCCCUGCCACCACACCAACUGAACCCCCCCCUCCCAUCCCCUCGCCUGGGAUAUUCUCUCACCCACCCACCUCCCAGCCCCACUCGCCGCUCUUCUCUAACCCCACCCAACAGACAGGUCAGAUUGAGCAGAUUGAGCGGCCUUUUGAGCCCCUCACCUUAGAGUUACCACAGAUUCACUCCCACGCCUCCACUGCCACCACUGUUACCAGCGCUGUCGAUUGUAACACGGUUACCACCACAGGCACCACCAGCGGCACUGCCACUACCACCACCUCCGAUUGGUCGGCGAAUGCUCUUGUCGAUUCCAUAGAUUCCUCCAUGCAAGUCUUCGGGCAGCCACUAAAUGUUUUCUGCCCAAACCACCACUCGCCUCCUGGAUUUUCAUGGAAUUCGCCAUCUGAACCAGCUACCCGAACCUCACUGUCUCGUCCGGCCACCGUCCCAGCCAGCCGCCCAACCACGGUUCGUGCUGCCGAACCUCCACCUCUCGUCCUCCCACCCUCGCUGGAUGCCCUGUCGCUGGCCACCCUUGGUGCCGAACCUCUUUUGUUGCCGUCCCUGCCUGAGAGGUUCGGGAGCGGGGUGGAGGAUGAGGGGGUGACAGGGGAUGAAGGGUGGUUCUCGUGGCCUGACCUGUGAGGUGUAGAUGGCGCCCGAACUACAGUGGCGCCAUCUCUGGGUGGUACUGUGUUACAGAGGAAGGUCCGGUUACUGUGUUACUGUGGUGACCGGUUAUGGCUCAGGCAUACACAUCUUCCUAUUUCCCAGCAGAUACUCUCACCCCACUUGCCCAAUCAUGCUGCUGCCUUCCAUGGGUCCAGUUUACCCAGUGCUGCUUCUGACGCUGUGAGGAUGUUUUGAAGCACAAGCACUCAGAUCGGAUCAGCAGGAUUUUUGGGCAAGGUGGCUUUUAGACUCCUAAAGGUGACACGUGAUGCUAAGUGGCCUUAUCAGUGUGUAUGUGAAUGUGUUGCUGCACACAUGAUUGUUGUGAUCCAUGCUAUCGGACAUAUUAUUGCACACCCGG